GAUAUACACUAGCUGCGCCUUUUCCAUAGUAUGAUUCAUGACUGGCCGGUGUUGUGGUGUGUGUUUGCUGUGUGUAGAUGUAGGUCACCACACCGACACGAACCUGCUAUAUCAUUUACACCAGCUCCGGAUGGAAACGCGUGUUUAAAGCAGAGGAAAUAAACUCUACGAAACCUUAACAAGGAAUGUCUUGGAAUAAGUAUGCUGUUAGUGAAAAUGACCCGGAGACUGAAGCCACGCCCAUCAACACGCCCCUGGAGACUGAAGCCACACCCCUCACCACACCCCUGGAGACUGAAGCCACGCCCAUCAACAUGCCCCUGGAGACUGAAGCCACGCCCAUCAACAUGCCCCUGGAGACUGAAGCCACGCCCAUCAACAUGCCCCUGGAGACUGAGGCCACACCCCUCACCACACCCCUGGAGACUGAAGCCACGCCCCUCCGCCCAGAAGACAAACAGGCUGUCGCAGCGCAGUCGGAGGCUGACUCUACAGGGUACGAGGCCGUGACGGUGUGUGUGCCAGCGGAGAUGCCACCGGUGGUGCCCGUGACGGGCGAGUCGUUCUGCCAGUGUCCAGCUCAAACUGAACUCAGCUCAGACGUCCAGAUCUGCCCGUACAUCCACAGCUGCACCUGUGGAGAGGAAGAACAGGGAUGUGAUUGGGUUUGGGAUGAUGAGGGCAAAUCAUUCUCCGUGUCUCUGAGCUGCUCUAACCGGAAGGUGAGCUUCCAUUCGGAGUACAGCUGUGGAACCGCCGCCAUCAGGGGCGCAAAGGCUCUCAGUGACGGACAGCACUUCUGGGAAAUCAAGAUGACAUCACCCGUCUACGGCACAGAUAUGAUGGUUGGUAUCGGGACAUCAGAAGUGAAUCUGGAUCAGUUCAAACAUAGUUUCUGCAGUCUGUUGGGCACUGAUGAGGACAGCUGGGGUCUGUCCUACACAGGUCAACUCCAUCAUAAGGGGUCAAAGGUGAACUUUUCUUCACGGUUUGGUCAAGGGUCCAUAAUCGGGGUUCAUCUGGACAGCUGGCACGGCACCCUGAGCUUCUACAAGAACCGUCGCUGCAUCGAUCAGCAAAUAGCUGCAGCUCCUGGACAAGCUGCACAUUUUGAAGAUCGCCUC